CUGGCCGCGCCAGCGUGUUUCUGUCACUAAGUAAGAUAUUGAGAUUAUUGAAAUACAGCAUAUAUUACACGUGUGAGAAAUAUCUGACAUAUAUAAUAGGCCUACUAUUAAAAUAAAAAUAAUAACGAUAAGAGCGGAGUAGUGGCGCCACCUGGCGGUUCCCAGGAUAAAGUUCACGAAGUUGGAUUGUUAAUCAUCAUCUACGUUAAUGGCCGAUUCCAGUACGAUGUUCACAGUUCUGUUGUUAUCAACAUUUUUGUUGGGAAAUCUGCCGUCUGAAUCUGCAGGGGCGUUCUCAGAUACACACCCACGUCAAUCUGGACCCGUCUGCUUCGACUGCGAGGCUACCAUUAACCCGGAUGGAUGCGCGAAGAGAAGGACAUGCGCUGUUGAUCACGUGUGUUUGAUAUACUCGUUCCGGGAGCCGUUUUCCGACACGAUCAUGUUCACACAGGCCUGCCACCCGAGGAAACACUGUUUGUCAGAAAACAGCCACGGCGACCCGUCCAACCUAUAUACCUGCUGUGACGGGGAUCUCUGCAAUGUUCUGAAUGUCCUCAAAACUGAUCCAGAGAUCACAUCAACACCGUCCACUCCACCAGCCACGUCAGCCACGACAGCAACGUCAACCACAAUAGCAACGUCAGCCACGACAAACACAUCUACAACUGUAGUAACUACACCAUCUACAGCGUCAACAACACUCACGACGACUGUGAUAACGACCACUACACCGAUGACUACAACGCCAUCUACAACGUAUCACCCUUGUAUAGAGAACUGGGUUGUGGGUCCAAAAGCUUGUUACCAUUUCAACGACACCCAUCUGAGCUGGAACGCGGCACGUGACAGCUGUCGCAAUAUGGGUGGUGACCUCGUGUCAGUCAAUGACAUCAUGGAGGAUAAUUUUGUUAUCAGCCAUUUAGCGCAUGUAGACAUUCAUUUCGCGUCUCAGGUGACGUUUUGGAUCGGAGGGAUGUACGACUUCCCAAGCAGGAAGUGGUUGUGGGUUGAUUCGUCGUUGGUCGAGUUCACCCGCUGGAGCCACAACGAGCCGAGCAGCAUGAAUCACGGGUACGCCUUCAUCGCAGUCGUCGACUCGCAGACCAAAUCUAAGGCUCCCGCGGAGUGGGAGUGGGUCUCCAUGAACGAAGGAACAGAUCUGCCCUUUAUUUGUGAACAGUCAUUCAGAUAGAUUAUUUUUGUGGGUUUUGUUUUAUUAAAUUAAAAUAUAAAUUUGAAAAUAAAAA